AUGACUCUCCAAGGGGUGCCGCAGCCACCGUGGCCGGUGAUCGUCGACUUGUGCAGGAACUUCAGCCCAGAACAAGCUCGUGUGGCGCCAGAUUGCGUAACCAUCCUCGCCAAGGGUAUAAGAAGCAUGGCUGGCCAGUCGAAUGGCGCAGGCUGUCUCUUUUCUGAUUGUCACGAACGACCUCUCACAGCUAAAGCUGACCAUCCAUCCAUCUUACAAGCUUGUCUCUCGCUAUCCUUCCGAUCCAUGAUUCCUGACCACCAUCCACCCCAUAUUCUUGACCUGCAUCGAAGCCCUGCCAGUACUCGAAACGAAAACCCCAUCUUCAACGUCGACAUCAACAUUUCAGAUCUGCACUACAACGUCGACCUCACAUAUCACUAUGCUGGCGGUAUCGCGCUCGCUGCACUGAAACGCUGGCCUGAAGCCGAAGAGUACUUUGAGAUCCCUCGGCGUUGCAGAUGGGGCUUUGAAGACGUUGAAGCUGGUUCAGCUGAUAUCCAGGGGCAAGAUAUUCUCUACUCCCAUUUCGUGACAGGAGAAAAAAUCAGCCAAGCCGUCGCCCGUGCGCCUCGCUGGGUGUUGAAGAAGCUGACAGCCACCUACUCACCCUUCACCUCGCGGACAUUGGCAAAGCAAUCAAGAUCGGUUCAGAGGACGAGGUCGGGGAACUUCAGCAUGAUCGAAUCAAACGACAUCAGUGCCCAAGUCUCCACAGUCGGGACCGUGACGUGCUCGGACCCGCCACCGCAGUUCACGAAGGAACAAGUUGAUGAGGCGUUAUUGGAUGUUCAACAUCAGACGGCUGUGAAGUCGAGAGAUGACUCUCCCUGGGCACCAACGGUGGACGAGGAGAUGUUUGUGGGUAUAAGUGCGAGUCAGGCGAUGUGGGAGGAGAUGCAUGUUCGUCUUGAACACUCACUUCGCCCCCAUAUCCAUUCACGUCCGCUGCUGUUGCGCCGGUACCACUACCGCUGCAUUUCUGGUUUCUAUUCUUUCCCUACUCCCCAUGAACCAGUGGAGUUUGUCACGUGCAUGUUUUCAACCUCUUCAGCGAACAUUGACACAACGUUUCCGGCGUUGAUUAUCAUGUCUUCCGCCUCUAAUUGCUUCAGAGAGCACAUCUUCAUCGUAUCCGCACGGUCAACCGAUUUCGCACGUCCUGCUCGCGUUUUUUCCAUCGAACGAACGUUCAGCGCUUACAACAAAUAA